UCCUCACUCCUCUUUCUCCAUUCACAGAGAAGAGCAGAGACUCGUCUCCUCCUCCCUGAAUGGACCCCAUCUCUCUGAGCCAAAGACGCUCUGUUGCUGCCGUGUGGAAGCUGACGGUCUCAUCCCGUCCUCACUUUCUUCUCCUGCUGCUCUUUCGACUUGACUGCAGUGACUUUCCCUCGUCGCCAUGAACUUUUGCCGGACUUGAGGAGUUUCCAGAGCGUCUGCGUGGUGUCUUAGACGACUGACAGGCGGCUGAUCUUCAGAAGCUCGCUGGAUUUUGAAAGUGGGCUCAGACCGGUUUUAAAGAUAGCUUCCCUUUGUCCCAGUUUUCUCCCCUGGACCACGAUGGGUUCAGACGUCCGUGACCUGAACUCCCUACUGCCGCCGGUCCCGGCGGGCCCCAGCCCCGGCUGCCCGGCCCUCCCCGUCAGCACGGCCCCUCAGUGGGCUCCCGUCUUGGACUUCCACACCGCCGCCUCCCCUUACUCCUCCCUGGCCGGACCCCACACCUCCCUGGGGGCGCACUCCUUCAUCAAACAGGAGCCCAGCUGGGGAGCCGCCGGGGACCCCCACCACCACGACACGGACCCCCACUGCGGACUCAGCGCCUUCACCGUCCACUUCUCGGGGCAGUUCACGGGCACCGGGGCUUGCAGGUACGGGGCGGCGUUCGGGGCGCCCCCUCCUCCGGCGCCGGCCCCCAGCCAGCCUCCGUCGGUGACCGCCUCACACCACCACCAGACCCCCGGCAGGAUGUUCAGCAACACUCCCUACCUGACAAACUGCAUGGACACGCAGCAGGCGGCCCGCAACCAGACAGGUUACAGCGCGGUUGCGUUCGAUGGAGCCGGUAAUUACGGCCACACUCCCACACACCACAGCUCGCAGUUCUCCAACCACACCUUCAAACACGAAGACGCUUUAACUCAGCAGAACGCUAUGGGUGAGCAGCAGUAUCCUGUACCUCCUCCUGUUUAUGGAUGCCACACACCUUCAGACAGCUGUCCGAGCAGCCAGGCUCUGCUGCUGAGGAACCCUUACAACAGUGGUGACAAUUUAUAUCAAAUGACCUCUCAGUUGGAGUGUGUGGCAUGGAACCCUGUCAAUACACUGGCAUCCACCUUAAAGAGCCAUGCAGCAGGCUACGACAGCGACCCCAGCACCCCGAUGGUGUACAGCUGCAGCACACAGUACCGCAUACACACUCACGGCGUCUUCAGGGGCAUUCAGGAUGUGAGGCGGGUGCCCAGCAUUGCUCCGGCUAUCGUGCGGUCAGAGGGCGGCGAGAAGCGUCCGUUCAUGUGCGCCCACCCGGGAUGCAACAAGCGCUACUUCAAGCUGUCUCAUCUGCAGAUGCACGGCCGCAAACACACAGGGGAGAAACCCUACCCGUGUGACUUCCCAGACUGCGGCCGCCGAUUUUCUCGCUCUGAUCAGCUGAAACGACACCAGAGGAGGCACACAGGAGUUAAACCGUUCCAAUGCGAGACGUGUGAGAGAAAGUUCUCUCGGUCUGACCACCUUAAGACUCACACACGGACUCAUACAGGUAAAACAAGUGAGAAGCCGUUUAACUGUCGGUGGCCGAACUGUCAGAAGAAGUUUGCCCGGAGCGAUGAGUUGGUGCGGCACCACAACAUGCACCAGAGGAACCUCACCAAACUCCAGCUUUCUAUCUGAGGCUUUUUCUUUUCUUUUUUUCUUUUUUUGCAGCUCAUAUCUUUAAAUGUAAACAGAUGAGUUUCAUCUGCGUAUACUUUGCUGUCACUGGUUAAUCCAGCCUGGACAGAAACAGCGUCAUACUGUAGGUCCCUUACCACUUAAUCUGUACUAAACCACGUACGUACGCACCGCACACGAGAUGUGUUGUCGUUACCGCCGACAAAUCCCACGAGGAGACCAAAACCAACAAUGUGUGAAAAAAACGCAGCUUCUGUGCAAAGCUGCACAAUCCAGGUAGAUUACACCCUUCCACCGAUGAUUAAACGAAGCAUGAAAUCCUUCCGUAUCAUUUUAAUCCACAGGAGAGCGGAGCUGCAUCUGAAAAGCACUUCAUAGUAUUUUUAAAAGCUCUUUAAAAUAUUAAUAUUGUACAGAUUAAUAUUCCUCAUUAAUUAGUGAACAAAAAUGCAACGUUCUACUUAUAGCACAUCUGUUCUCAGUUUGUUUACACUGUUGUUCCUGUAGAAGACGUGCAACAUACUGUGGAUACUCGUUCAAAACAGCAAGACAAAUAUCCAAACAUUUCUCAACAUUGACAGUGUAUAUAUACACUACGGGCCAAACGUUUGGAAGCAAGAUCAAAUAUGUUCAUGAAAGAUCAUAGUUUCAUCGGUGUGGUUUACAUCAAAAUAAACAUGAUUAUUAUAUAAAGAGUAGCUUGUCAGAAGACAUUUCUACUAUAAUUAUCAGGUGUUUGAGUUUUUCUUUCUUCAAAGUAACCUCCUCUGGCUUUAACAACAGCAUGGCAUAUACGAGGCAUUCGUUCCACACGGGAUAUUUGUAUGAAGAGAGUUAAAGUAAAUAAUACAAACUGAUUUUUUAUUUUAUUUUUUUUUUACUUUUUCACUGAAGUUGUGACUCUUGCAAAUCUUCUCGACCCCAAAACUAAGCCCUUCUUUUCUUUUGCUGAUAUUUAUUCAGCAAUGAUUUGGUAACAUCAAUCUACACCCUGAGAUAAGUUGAGGAAAAUUGUUCAUAUCAAUAAAAGCCAAGUCUGAUAAUGCCGUAAAUACAUCCCAUAAUAAAUAUAACUCAUGCUGUUUUUUUGAGAAAAGAAUUGUGAACAGAAACUUGAAGUUGCUCCCAGACUUUUGGCCGUGCGGGACUCCACCUAUAUCCCAGUUAAAUCAGAAAGAGGUGGAGCUAAGGUCAGUGGGUGGUCAUCACUCAAAAUGACCACGACGCCCUUUAUUAUGCCUGACUUUAAGAUUUGAGAUACAUAGAUUUCAACAAUUAGUGGAGCAAAAAUCCAAAAUCAACAAAGAAAUCUGCAAUAUUUAAAGCUGUUUAGGUUGUUAUACAAGAUGUUUGAGCUUGGUUCAUUCGUUAGCAUCUAAGUGAAGAGUGUUAUGUUGGGUAAAACUGGCCUGGAAAGGUAAAAGUUAUUCUAGUGUAAAAGUUUCAGGCGUAAACAUCACAUCAGACAAUUCUAGAUGGCAGCUACUAAGCACAAACCACACCCUUAAUAAUGUGUAACGUCAAGCUUUGUGUAGCUAGCCUCUAGUGGACGUUAGAUGAACUGCAGGUUUUGACAGGUGUGAAUCAGUUUUGCUUCUAACUUGACGUGUCAGCAGCUUGAGAUCAUUGUUGUUUUUGGUCUUUUUAUGGGAUUAUUUGUCAAAAAAUAUCGGAACAAAAUCCAUUUUGUAACUUCAACAUGUUUCCGUCGUAUCAGGCAAAUGUAAAUAUAUUAAAACUGAAUGCAGACGUAAAAAAAAAAACAAACAUCUAAUUUACAUUGAAGGUCUUUGUGCUCAGGACUUCUGAACCGGUCCAGAAUGAAAGUCAAAGGUUACCAUUAACGUCACACAUGCUCCUGCGGUUUAGCUCAUUUUCGGCUGUUGUAAAUAUCUUUUAUGUUGAACUACUUUGGCUUAUUUAUUAUAUUUUUCUGGACAAAAAACAAACAAACAAUGCUUUCACUGGAAUGAUUUAAAGGGAAAGAGGUGGAACAAACAUCUCUGCCUGUUCUUUUAAUUUUUCAGUUACCUUGCCUUUUAAGCUAAUUCUGGUUUUAACCUGCUCAAAACAAGCAGAAGGAUUUGCAUCCGGCUCCAAAUGCAGCGUUUGCAAACAUGUACAAAGCUGAACUCUUUUUUUUCUCGUCGGAGCUGAAUCGUCUCUUGUCUCUGUGGUGUGUAAAUAUCGCUGGACUUUGGCAGUGUUUUCAUCGCUGCACGCUCUAAAAUAUGUCUGCUGGGUCACACUGGCUCUGUGGCCGAGGACAUCGUGGUCAAGAUGUAAAUAAUGCUUCCUCACCAUGGGAACCGAGCUCUUUCCAUGUAACUUAACUGAUAUACUGUUGGACUCCGGGAACUGUUUAUACUUAUUUUCCUCUUCUUUGAUGUGUCUUAAUAUUUGAGUCGUAAAACAGCGAACGUCGGUGAAACAUUUUUGUACUCAAGAAGUGUGGGAUAACUGAAAACAAUGCUUUCUCUCUGUCUAAUUGUAAUGUGACUGUUUUGAUACAAUA